CGCCGGCGCGCGCCCGGCUGUUCGGUACCUCGCCGCGUUCUCGGCCGCUUCCCUCUUCUCUCCCCCGCCCCCCGGCCUCCGCACCGACGCGGCCGUGGUUGGAGGCUUAGUCGGAGCCCAUUCACAUCCGGAGCCCGGCCCGGAGCCGCAAAGACGUGGAAACAUGGAGGCCUGAGCCGUGGUGCGCCACCCGUGCUGCGGCGGGACCGCGCUUCUCUGACGCCCUCUUGCAGCCCGCCCUCCGUCCGUGGGUUUGGAAGCGGAGCUCCAGCAGACUGAGACAGGUGGGCUGUGGCGCCGCCCCCGGCAGCGCGGACCCCGGCAGCUCGGCCCCCGCCUCUGGUCAGAGCGGGUUCCGGACACCUCUCCUUCCAGGCCCGCGUCUGGCGAUCAAACCCAGGGCCUUGCACAUACUAGGCGAGCACUCUCCGCUGAGCCACAACCCCAGGAGGAUCAAUUGUGUUUUAAUUGAAGAGUGAAAAGGUUGUACUGUGGAAAUGCAGGUGUAAAUUAUCUUACCACUUUAGAAGAUGGGAUCAAACAGCAGCAGGAUCAGUGAUCUUCCUAAAAAUGAGUACUUAAAAAAAUUAUCAGGCACAGAAUCUGUCUCUGAGAAUGACCCAUUCUGGAAUCAGCUUCUCUCCUUUUCUUUCCCUGCACCAACUAGCAGUUCUGAGUUGAAGCUCUUGGAGGAGGCAACCAUUUCAGUCUGCAAGGCUUUAGUUGAAAACAAUCCUCGAACAGGAAAUCUUGGUGCACUAAUUAAGGUCUUCCUUUCUAGAACCAAAGAACUCAAACUUUCAGCAGAAUGUCAGAAUCACAUCUUCAUUUGGCAGACACAUAACGCUUUGUUUAUUAUUUGUUGUUUGCUGAAAGUGUUCAUCUGUGAAAUGUCAGAUGAGGAGUUACAACUUCAAUUUACUUAUGAAGAAAAGUCUCCUGGUAGUUUUGGUUCUGACUCAGAAGAUCUUUUGGAAGAAUUGCUCUGCUGUUUGAUGCAGUUAAUCACUGAUAUUCCACUCUUAGAUAUUACAUAUGAAAUAUCAGUGGAAGCUAUAUCAACAAUGGUUGUUUUCCUUUCCUGCCAACUCUUCCACAAAGAAAUUUUGCGACAGAGCAUUAGUCACAAGUAUUUGAUGCAAGGUCCAUGUCUUCCGUACACCAGCAAACUUGUGAAAACUUUGUUAUAUAACUUCAUCAGACAAGAAAAGCCUCCUCCUCCAGGAGCCCAUAUUUACCCCCAGCAGUCAGAUGGGGGAGGACUGCUUUAUGGACUGGCAUCAGGAGUAGCAACUGGACUCUGGACUGUGUUCACACUAGGAGGUGUGGGCAGCAAAGCGGCUGCCUCUCCAGAGCUUUCUUCCCCUCUGGCCAACCAGAGUCUCCUGCUUCUGCUGGUGCUGGCUAACCUGACAGAUGCUCCAGAUGCACCCAAUCCCUACAGACAGGCCAUUAUGUCCUUUAAGAACACACAAGAUAGCAGCCCUUUCCCCUCAUCAAUUCCACAUGCCUUCCAGAUUAACUUUAACAGUUUGUACACAGCCCUGUGUGAACAGCAAACAUCUGAUCAAGCAACGCUCCUCUUGUACACACUGCUCCAUCAGAAUAGUAAUGUCAGAACAUACAUGCUGGCUCGCACAGAUAUGGAAAAUCUUGUUUUACCAAUUCUUGAGAUUCUGUAUCAUGUUGAAGAAAGAAAUUCACACCAUGUAUAUAUGGCCCUUAUAAUAUUAUUGAUCCUUACAGAAGAUGAUGGCUUCAAUAGGUCCAUUCAUGAAGUGAUAUUAAAAAAUAUUACUUGGUAUUCAGAACGGGUUUUAACUGAAAUUUCACUGGGGAGUCUCCUGAUUCUGGUUGUAAUAAGAACCAUUCAGUACAAUAUGACAAGGACAAGAGACAAGUACCUUCACACAAAUUGUUUGGCAGCGCUAGCAAAUAUGUCAGCACAGUUUCGCUCCCUCCAUCAGUAUGCUGCACAGAGGAUCAUCAGUUAUACCUGCCGCCACUUGCGGAGAUAUGUUUAUGUGUUGGACAAACUGUAUUUCCCCCACUCUCACUGUUCUACGCUUCAGCAUUGCUUCUCGGCCCUCAGUGAAAAUGGAGAGGAACUCUUGUCUUUAACUUGCUCUCACAUUCUCAGAUCCUAUGCUUCCAGUUUGUUUUCUUUGCUGUCUAAAAAACAUAACAAAGUUCUGGAACAAGCCACACAGUCCUUGAGAGGUUCACUGAGUUCCGAUGAUGUUCCUCUGCCAGAUUAUGCACAGGACCUCAAUGUCAUUGAAGAAGUGAUUCGAAUGAUGUUGGAGAUCAUCAAUUCCUGCCUGACAAAUUCUCUCCACCACAACCCAAACUUGGUGUAUGCACUGCUUUACAAACGCGAUCUCUUUGAACAGUUUCGAACUCAUCCUUCAUUUCAGGAUAUAAUGCAAAAUAUUGAUCUGGUAAUCACCUUCUUUAGCUCAAGGUUGCUACAAGCUGGAGCUGAGCUUUCCGUGGAGAGGGUCUUAGAGAUCAUUAAGCAAGGGGUUGUUGCACUGCCCAAAGACAGACUAAAGCAUGUCUCACAAUUUAGGUUUUUCCUGAUGUUUUCUCAUCAAUCUACUGAAGUUAAGCAUAUUUGGCAAAACAUCACAGAAGCAAUGUGUCCUCAGUGCAUCAUCAAGAGGUGUGUGAGGGCAGCAUGUCUUGUGACUGGGAGAUUGUCUUUGAUUAUUUGAUUAAGGUGCUGUCUCCAAGCUUCUCCAGUGAAAAGUGACUGUCUUUCCCUUUGUCAAUGAUAAAUACAUUGGUGUUGAUACUUAGAGUCUUUACUGGGAUGCUGUGUCUUCUCCCAGUUUUGCCUACUGAUUUUAUCAUCAUGGGUGGAUCUCACCUACAUAAUAAUACCUUACUACUGUGGUACUUACUUAGUGAUGAUUUUGUAUUUUAUUCCAUGGGUUAUAACUCAAUUUUAGCACUGUUUAUUUUGUUGCUCAGGUUGUUCUAGCUUUGGCCAGUGUGACUCCUCCAGGUUGGUUCCCCUGGCAUUCUACAUGUCCCCAUCUUGUUUGAGAACUAACUUCCUGACACCACAGGAUGCUGCGUAGUAACCCUGCAUUUUCCCCACCUCGAGCUCAGCUCUGAAGUCAACCGCUGCUGCCCCAAUAAGUCCAGUUCCUUUUUUGGUUUUCUUUAGAAACCAAGAGCUGUGUGUGCAUUAGGUCACCACCUUCUUAGAACCUUGUACGCCCACCCCUUCCCAUCUCCCUCUCUUUCUGACAGCUGAAAUGCUUUCCAACUUCACUACCAUAUAAAUACUGGAACUUUUUCCUUUUGUAGCUCUCUAUUUUUUUAGUUGUAGAUGGACACGGUAUCUUUACUUUAUUUAUUUUUAUGUGGUGCUGAGGAACAAACCCAGUGCCUCACACGUGCCAGGCAAGCACUCUACCACUGAGUUACAGCCCUAGCCCUGUAUCUCUUCGAUAAAUCUUUGCUCUUAUCUUUGACAUAUCUCUCACUACGUCCUUGUCCCAUAUUUUCUACUUAUUGCAAUUCCAGAUUUAUUUUCUAAUUCCUUUAAUGAACACUUUGGGUCCAAGAGCCCCUCUGUGGGCCACAGUAGAUACUGAAGAUUAACCUUGUAGUUAGUUAACUUUAACGCUGACCUUAAAGUGAAGUGAAUUAUAGUGUGCAGGCAACAUGCCUGAAUACUAAUGUGCUGUUCAUUUAUUAUACCAUGUUCAGAAAGCACCUAUUAUCUUUGAGAUAGUGGCAUGUAAUUAAAAAUAUAACACUUUGUUUUUUAGUAUUAUGACUAAAUAAAGAAAUUAAUUGAUCUUUGAGAGGUCCUAGAAAAGUUAACUUUAGAGUAAGAUUCUGCUGAGAGCAAGGUCAUGAGUAAUUCCCUUAAAGGAGUGAGUUAAUUUUGUUCUGAAGCACAUUAAGAAAUUGUACUCCUGAUCCCAGCUUCCCAUCUCACUCCAUGGAUGCAAAAGGACAGAAGAUGGAUGAUUCCGCCUUUAAAAAAAUAAAUAACUAACUAUCACCAGUACUAGGAAAGGAAACUAAAAUUACAUCUACUCACAGAUGGUGAGUCAUCCUCAGUUGGUUUAAAUGGUAGCAUAUUAUUACCACAGAUGUUUCUAGAAUAAAAGGCUGUGUUUAUCUUUACAAUCAAGCCUUAUCUCAAUUAUUUUAAUCAUCUUUUUGGAUUGAGUAUUUAUAAUAAAAUGAAUCACUUAAAACCUCUAGGGUUUAAUUCACAGAAUACUAUGAUAUCUAAAAUUGAAAAUCCAAGCUGUGUGUUGAAUAAUGUUUGUAUUACACCACAUGAGAGCACAUUAUAGUCUUUUGGGUUAGUUUACUAAUAUAUACUGAUAAAAUAAUUGUUGGGUAUAUAAUAGCAGCUUUGUAUGUGAGUUAAUGAAAGAGUUAGUUUUAAAUUGAAAAUGCUAUUCUAGUGAGCUCUCUAUGAACGUGCAGAAUAGUGUAUGCUUAUUGAUUCACUUUUCUUGAAAUAUGUAAAUUAAAUACCAAAAAAUUCAGAGUUCUUUCUGGGUACCUUGUGGGUCGUUAAGAGGAUCACAGUGCCCCUUACUCAUGAAUUUGCCAAGCUAAUGUCAGCUGAAGCAGAUGAGUGAAAAGUUUUUGAUGUUUCCCUAGCACUAUAGACCUACAGCCAAAUUUGUAGAAGAAUUAUUCUUCUACUUUGGGGCAAGUAAACAUUAAAAUCUGGAAGCCCAGGGCAUAGUAACUGACUCUCAACCAAAUAAAAUAUUUUUCAAUCAAACACUAUUUGACAUAGUCUUCUAAAAUAUUUGUAGAAUAUCCUGUGUGGGAAUAUAUACUCUCUGAAUAAAUCUGUCUAUAUAGUUAAACAACUUGGCUGCUCAGAGUAAAUAGUAUUAAUAUCAUUCUAAACAUUCUCUUCUUACUGGUAUUCCGUGAAGUCUGGGAAAGGCAAUACCAGGUAAUUAUUUUUUCCGGACCCUCCUGCUUAAACAGAGACUUAAAGAACAAGCUCUGAAAUCCUUAGUUGCUUAUUUCUCCUUUAGGGUUUGGAAGGAAAUAAAGAAAGUCAGUAUGUCCUCUGGGAACCGAGUUAGGAGCUGCAGCUCAAAGUUCUCACUGUCUGUCUAUAGCAGCUCCUGGCUCCUACUUCACAUAGUGUGGAACAAUUUGAAUGUCAUGGUGGCAGGACACAGUUCAUCACAUUGCAUGCAUGUUCACAACCACACCACCUCAUAUUUGAAUAUGUAUAGUUCCCAGGUUCCCUCUUUUUGUCAGUUUAGUGAACUAUCUGCAUCAUAUGAAGAUUAAGAAUUUUACCAGGGCUGAGGGUAUAGCUCAGUGGAAAAGCACUUACCUAGCCUGUAUGAGGCCCUGGAUUCAGUCCCCAGUAACACACACACUCAAAUACACAAAUGUGAGGUCAUGCUUUUCAAGGGGAAUUAUUUCAUAUAAAUAAGAAGCUUUGGGAUAGUUAAAAGUUACUAUUAACCUAACAUUUCAUUUGCUUAAGACCCUUGGUAAAUCAUAGGAAUUAAAAGUGAUAACCAGUUUCACACUGACUUUUAAAGCCUUCAUUUUUAUAUGCUCUUUUUUAGAGUACUUUCAUCAUUGUCUUCAUUUACACAAAGAGAAAUAUAGAAAGUUACUCUAAAAUUUCAAGUGAUGUUUUUUUGUUUUUGUUUUUGUUUUUCAUUAUUAGGGAUCAAACCCAGGGCCUUGCCCAUGCUAGGCAGACACUCCACCAUUGAGCUACACCCCCACCCUUUUGUAAAAUUUUAAUUUGAGGGCAGGGUCUUGCUAGUUGCCCAGGCUGUCCUCAAACUUUCAAUCCUCCUGCCUCAGCCUGCUCAGUUGCUGGGAUUAUACCACAAUCAGCUCCAAGCUUUUUUAUAGCUUCUUAAAUAUUGACUUGCUUAAAAACUUUCUCCUGUUGGGAUCGCCCUCCUUCCUCUCCAUCAAAUAUCUUUCAUUUCUCUGUCAAAUCUCUGAUUAACCUAUAUCUUAUAAAUAAUACAUUAUAAUUUACAGAUGUGGCUUGACUGUUCAUUCUACCCACAGGUAGUUAUUUGACUCCACUUUGAACGGGGCACUGCUGGGAAUCAUUGAGGGAACAAAAAGAUACCAACUCUACACCAAAAAAGAUAAGAAAAGAAAAAGGUAGAGAUAGAUAAAUAGACAGACAGAUAGAUAUAAACAGGGCAGCUUAUGCUAUGUAUCAAGUGAAUGUUAUAAAGGGUGUAGAGGUUAAGUUCAGGAGGAAGGAAUGGAGAUGUCAUUGAGAAGGGCUUGUCAGAAAAGGUUAAAGAGGAACCUCGACUCAUAUUAUGUCUUGGAAAGAUCCUAGGCAGAGGAGAAAUCCAGGCAGAGGAAGUGAGUGGAAGAGAAGGCCCAAGGCAAUAUCAGCUUGGUACUCAAUGGAAACAGUAGGACUCCUCAAUUCCCUCUGCCAAAUUAAUGUGGCUUUUGUCAUUCAGUGAUACAAUAGUCAUUAAUGGGCUUUCGAACUUUGUGAAUGCCAUUCCCAAUAAAAAAUAAUUUUUAUUCUUUGAUGCAAUAAGCACAUUUAUAUAUAUUUAUAUAUUAAAAUUUCUUAGAACAGUACUUACCCUCAUUAAAUCCAAUGGACUGUGAUAUUUCUUUUUUUUUUAAUUGCUGGGCAGGUCUAUAAAAUUAAUUUAAUGAUCAAUUGUCAUUUAGUGAUUCAGAGGUUAAAAACAGUGCAUUAAAUCAGUGGUUUUCAAAGUGUGAUUCUUGCACCAGGACCAUCAGCAUCCCCUGAAAACUUGUUAGAGAUGUAAUUUCCUAGGCCCCACCUGAGACCCGCUGAAUCAGAAGAUAUGGUGCUGGGACCCAGCAGUGGGAGCCUGUACUGUAGCAGGCCUCCAGGCAGUUCUGCUGCCUGCUGGAACUGGAGAAGCACAGCACUAGACAACCUCGCAGCUCUACCCCUGGAACUGUGCCUGGGUCAGUCCCCCUCCAGGUACCUCCCACCUCACUCCUGCUCUAACUUCAGAUUUCUUCACCUGAACAGAUGGAAGCUCUCACUGAGGCCUGCCCUGGCUGCUCUGUUUCACUUUCAGCACUCCAGUCCUUCUAACCCUACUAUAUUUUUCUUUUUACAUAGCGUUUCUCACCUAGCAUACUGUAAGUUAUUUAUUAUAAUCCUGCCAGAUGACAUAAGCUCCAGGAGGUCAGGGGUCUUUACAUUUUGUUCUGGAGUAUCUGGAACAUACUGGACACUUUGAUAUUUGCUAUUUUGGAGGAAAGAAGAGGCAGGAAGGAGAGAAAAGGAAGAAUAGGCCUGUUGACUGAGUGAGUGAUGGUCUAUAAUACUGUUUUGAAAACAAUUCUUUGAAGAAGAAUUCACCAUCGACUCUUGAAGAGUCAUCUUCCAAGGCAAAAUGUAAUAAAGAAGCUCAGAUGUAACUGGUGAAUAGUUAUUUAAAUCUGUGAUAAUAUUCCACACUCAUGCUUUCUUAUAGCUACAAAACCCUAAUGUGAGGACUUCUGCUUUAGUUCUCCUUAUCAGGAAGAUAGUUCCUAUGUAAAUUGGCCUUACUAAAUUUUUAAUAUUUCUCAGGGUUCUCUUGGCUUUUGCUCAUAGUGAUUUCAUUAUAGUUCAAACAGAGGGCAAUAUUCUGAUUUAUGUUAUUAGCAUCAAUUUGUGAAGUGAUCUUAGUUUAUUCUAUUUCUGGUUCUUUCUCAGAAGGUGCAGAGCAUGGUAGAAGGUCUAGCAAAGAGACAUUGUGCUUUUUUCUGAUUGACUUUUGUCUACCUUCUCCAAUGUGAGUAGAGAAUGCAUGUUCUUAGGUCCUGACAGAAAUUGAUAGGAGCCUAUGCCUGUCACUUCUGACAGUUAGAUCAAUUUGUUUAACCUAAAUCAUUCACAAUAUGCCAGGUUAGCUUCUUGGUUUCACAGUAUCCAUAUGCUGUGUUAUAGAGUAAUCUCUGAGAUGCCACUGCUUUAAGGAAUACUGCAAGGUUGUUAGGCCUUUCUCGUACAUAACAGAAAUUGCACUAAACAGGGCUGGGCUUCUAGCUCAGCGGUAGAGCGCUUGCCUUGCAUGUGUGAGGCGCUGGGUUCAAUCCUCAGCACCACAUAAAAUAAAUAAAUAAAAUAAAGAUAUCGUGUCCAUCUACAACUAAAAAUAUAGAUACAAAAAAAGAAAUUGCAUUAAACACAUGGGUGGUCCCAUAUUUACUUUUAGGGAGGUUUGUUAUUUGUUUGUUCAGUGAUACUGAAAUUGCACCCAUGGCCUCAGCAGACUAGGCCAGUGCUCUCCCACUGAGCUAUACCCCAGCACUUUUUUGAGUUGGAGUCUUACUGUAUUACCCAGGUGGCCUUGAAUUUGUAAACUUCCUGCCUUAGCCUCCUGAGUAGCUGAGGAGACUACAGAUGUGUGCCAGUGCACCUGACCUGGCCAUUCUUGAUAAACAAUCAAGAUGAUAUUUGUUAUAAUGUCUUAAAUUAUAAUGUCUUACAAAGAAUUUGGGGGAAAUAAACAUUCAGUCUAUAGCACCUAGUCCAGUGACUAAGAAAUGUAAGGUUCACAAUACAAGCAUAGCUCUGGAAAAUGCUGAGGAAAUACUAUUCUGUGUGAUUUCAUCUUUAAAUCCCUAUUAAUUUUGAUAGGGUUUUCUUUGGAAAGAAACUUGUGAUUCACAAACUAAAAUUUCCUUAAAAAAAAAAGAAGAAGAAGAAGAAUAUAGUAUGGUAAUUUAAAAAGACAGAGCCAUUUAUCAUCAUUCAUCUGUCCCAACCUUAACUGUUCUGAGAUUGACUAUAUGAAUGUCAGUGAGACUGUUUCAUUGCCUAUGUAGUGAUCAUUUGAGUUAUUUAUUUCAAUUCCUACAAAACACUUUGAACUGUUAAUGUAUGCCAAAACUAAUGGUUACCAGAUAGUUAUAAAAUUAUUUAUGUCAAGGCAUAAGUGAAUAAUGAAUUAGUUUGAUUAGAAGAAAAGCUAACAGAACAUAAUGACUUGUCCUAUGGUUCUGCUUAUUUUAUUUAUAUUCUCAAUUCAGCUUUUUCAUAUAUACUUUUUUAAGUGAUAAAAUAAGAAAAUAAUUGUAUUUGGUUCUUGUGACUUUUGAAGGGGUAUUCUUAAUUGAACAUAAAGAUAGCCCAAAAGUUUCUGAAAACUCUGAAGGGGAUAUAAGACUUUUAAAAAAAAAAAAAAAAAGACAAUGUCCACUGUCUUAAAUACUAAUGUAAUACCUUAUACAGAAAACUUGGUCAUUUGGAGGAAUAAGGUCACUUUCUUUAAUGAUUUUCCUUUCUGAGGCAAAUUGGAGGUAGCAGUGAUUGACAAAUAAAUAAUCACACUGAGAAUGCUGGUGAACAUCUGAUCAACUGAUUCAAACUUCCUGGUACACUGCAUUUGUUGAUUUUUAAAAGAUUCAAGGCCCUGAAAUCUAGCCUAAUUCUAUGAAGAAUGUGAAUAGUAUUAUUGCCCAAGUGAGUACGAGAUGAUUAAGUAGUUCAUGUGAAAUUUUGUUUUGUUUUCCUGGGACUUCAUUACAUACGGGUUCUUUAUAGAUUUCUUGCCUGGGAGCUCCAAGGGCAGUAGGAGUACUUAAGACACUGCACACUCUAAUCAGUAGAAACCAAAUCUAUUUUGAAAACUUAAAAAUAAUAAUAUGAUUUUUAAUCCCCAAGCACAGUUUAAAAUAUUAAAAUUUAAAGACAACAUGCCCCACUUCAAAAAUAUCCACUGUACAAAAACUCUCAUGUUAAAAAUGACAAAUCAUAGGCUUAAUUAUUUGUGUCCAGAAAUUAUCUUUGUUCAUCAGAAAGAUUUCUUGUGGGACUGUGGUGGAAUGCUUGCCUAGCAUGUAUGAGGCACUGGAUUUGAUUCUCAGCACCACAUAUAAAUAAAUGAAUAAAAUAAGGGUUCAUCAACAACUAAAAAUAUUUUUUUAAAAAAAGGUUUCUUAUGUGCUCUUCCAACUAGAAAUGAUCCUAUUACACCUUAAAAUAUGAACUUUUUUUUUAAAAAAAAAAACUUAAAUCAGCUUUUUUUUUAGUUAAGUUAAAUAUGUGAUGUAUUCAGCAUCAAAUUAUACUGUUGUUCAAUAGUCUUAGAAUCAAAUUGGAAGGAACAUAUAUUAUUGCUAAUUUCAGAAGUUGUUUGAGACACAGGAAUGAUAACUUGCUUCUGAUUAAACAUCAUAUCUAAAACAUAGUCAAGUUUCCCUCUACUAAUUAAACCACCUCCAGCAAGGCACAGUGACACUCACCUACAAUUCCAGCUGCUCAAGAGGCUGAGGCAGGAGGUUCUCAAAUUCAAGGCCAGCCUAGGCAAUUUAGUGAGACCCUGUCUUAAAAUUAAAAAAAUAAAAAGGGUUGGGAAUGCAGUUCAGAUAUAAUGCACAUAGAAUGAGGCUCUGAGUUCAAUCCCCAGAACCACCACAAAAAUAACCCCCCUUUUUUUACUCUUUUAAUUGAGAAAGAUGUCACAAUACAGAUGACUACAUAAUAGAUAUAUACUUUUAAAAGAGAAACUACAAGGUAAAUAUCUGUAUGAUCAGUGUUAUUAUCAAGGAAUGGAAUGUUGCCAACAUCCCAGAAGUCCCCACAUGCCCUCUCCCCCUAGAAAUAAACACUGUCCUUUCUUUGUAGAUAAUCGUUUUAUUUUUCAUCCACCAUCUGCAUGUAUAUUCCCAAACAACAUAGUUUCUAAUUUUGAACUUUUCAUAAAUGAAAUAGUGCACUAUAUUUUCCUUUGCGACUUCCUUUUACUCAAUAUUAUGUCUAUGAGAGACCUUUAUGUUGUUAUAUAGAUUGUUUCCUCUGAUGCAUUAAUAUGACAUCAUAUAAAUAGUUCAAAUUUCACCAUUCUACUGUUGGCAUACAUUCAGAUUACUUCAAAUUCUGAGCUACUAAAAAUACAAAGUGAAACAAAACUUACAAAAUUGAAAAGAAAUAGAGAUAAUCCAAAAAUAAUAGUUGUAGAUUUCAGUUCCUCAAUAAUAGAAUAAUUAGUUAGUCAGCAAGAAUAGAGGCCUGAACAACACCAUCAACCAGCUUGAUCUGACUGGUAGAGAGCAUUCUACCCAGUGGUAGCAGAAUAAAUAUAAUCUUUUUAAGUGCAAAUGGAACACUCUCUGAGGUAGUCUACAUGCUAGGUCAUAAGCCAAAUUAAUUUAAAGGCUUGAAGUCAUACACAUGUGUUCACUGACAACAGCAGAAUUAAAUUACAAGUCAGCAAAGGAAAGAAGUUUGAGAAAUGCCCAAAUAUUAGAAAAUUAAGCAACACACUUUCAGUGAAUCAAAGAAGAAAUCACAAGGUAAUUAGAAAACAUUUUUAUCUGAAUGAAAAUGAACACACAACAUAUCAAAACUAUGGUGUUCUUCCAAGUGGUGCUAAGAGGAAAAUUUAUAGUUUAAAAUACUUGUAUUGGGGUGAAAUAAAUCCAAUAAAUAAUUUAAGCUUCUACCAAAAGAAACUAAAAGAAGAAAAACAAUUAAGCCCAAAGCAAACAAAAGAGUAGAAAUCAUAAAGCUCAUCAAUGAAAUAAAAAGAAAAAUUGUAGAAAAUAUCAGUGAAAUCAAAAUCUGGGUUUUUUUUUUUUUUCUUUUUUGAGAAAAACAAUAAAAUGAAUAAACAUUUACCUUGAGUAAACACACAAAAAAGACAAAACACAGAUUACCAAAGUGAAGACUGAGAGUGGGGAUCUCAUCAUUGACUCUGUAUGAUAAAAAGAAAUGUAAAGGAAUAUUAAGAACAACUUUAAACCAACAAAUUAAACGUUGUAGAUGAAAUAGGCAAUUUUUAGAAAGAUGCAAAUGAUCAAAACUGAUUUAAGAAUUAGAAAGUCUGAAUAGAUAACAUCACUAGUUUUAAAGUUAAAAUAAAAAGAAUUAGUAAUUAAAAUCUUCCCAUAAGGAAAAAGCACAGGCUCAUGUAGCUUCACUUAUAAAUAGUUUUUCUUUUAAACAAACUCAUACCUUUAUUUGUUUGUUUGUUUGUUUAUUGUGGUUGUAAAUGAACAGAAUGCCUUUAUUUUGUUUGCUUUUAUGUGGUGUUGAGGCUCAAACCCAAUGCCUCAUGCAUGCUAGGCAAGCACUCUCCCUCUGAGCUACAGCCCCAGCCCUAUAGAUAGUUUUUUAAAAGAAAUAAUAUAAAUCUUUUACAAAAUCAUUCAGAAACUACAGGAGGUAGGAAUGCUCCCCAACCCAUUCAGUGAGACCAGUAUUGCCGUGAUAGCAAAGCCAGAUAAAGAGAUCGAAGAAAAGUACCGACCAUGAACUUUAUAUAUGUUCAUGCUUCUCAUGAACAGACAUAAACAUCUUUUAUAAAAUAUUAGCAAACCAGCAGCAGCAACACAAAGGAUAUGUACCUUGACCAAGCAAUGUUUAUCUCAGGAAUGCAAAAUUUGGUUUGUAUUCAAAAAUCAAAUAAUAUAAUAUUCUUCAUUUACAGAAUAAAGUACAAAACCACAUAAUCAUCUUAAUUAGACCAGAGACCAACAAAUGAUGACCCACAGGCCAAGUCCUAUGGGUCAUAGCUCCACCCACUCACAUGUUGUUUAUGAUACUUUCACACUAAAGUAGCAAAGUCCAGUAGUUGUGAUGUAGACCAUAUGGCUCACAGAUCUAAAACAUUUAUUAUCUGGUCCUUUACAGAAAAAGUGUGCUAGCAGACAGAACUGUUUUAUCUUUUCAUGAUUAAAAUUAAAAAAAAAAAAAUAGGAAUGGUAAUGGGCAUAUGUGAAAAACCCACAGCUAAUAUCAUGCAUGGUAAUGAAAGGCAGAAUGCUUUUUCCUCUAGGAUCAGGAAGAAGGCAAGGAGUCUGCUCUCAGCACAUCUGUUCAGCAUUGAACAGUGGUUUAAGACAGAAUUUUUAAAAAUCAAAUGUGUACCCACUGGAAAUGAAGAAGUAAAACUGUCUAUUUGCAGGUGAAAUGAUCCCAUAUGUACAAAAUCUUAAGGACUCCAUAACACAACUACUGAAACUAAUAAAUGAGUUUAAAAUGUUGCUGGAGCCAGGUAUGGUGUUGCAUACCUGUAAACCAGCAGCUCAGGAGAUUGAGGCAGAAGGAUUCAAGUUCAAAGCUAGCCUCACAACUUAGCAAGACACUGUGUCGAAAUAAAAAGGUAAAACAGGCUAAUGGUGUGGCUCAGUGGUUAAGUGCCCCUGGAUUCAAUCCUAUGUACCCACCCCCAAAAUUAAAAAUGUUGCUAGAUACAGGAUUUGUGUACAAAAAUCUAUUAUGUUUCUGUAUACUGAAAACAGUGCUAUAUUAACAAUGGUAUACCCAAGAGUGGAUUGUAUAACAUACAUAUGUUCAAUUUCAGUGUCAAACUGCUCCCCAAAAUGGUUGUAUUAGUUUAUGCUUUCAUCAGCAGUGUUUCAUAGUUUCUUUUUUUACCCAAAAGGAGAAAAAAAUAUCUCCUUGUGGUCCUAUUUUAUUUUCUGCUUCUUAAGAAUUACCUCUUGCUUCUGGAAAUGCCACUUUAAGCAUGAAGCAGUUUUGGCUCCCCAGCUGCCUGUAGACAAACACUGGAGAUUCCCCCUUCGUAUUUACCCAUGUAUUCAUGUGCCCUGUCAUUAUGUCCUUCACACUCUUGGACAUGCCCUCUCCUCUUGGUGCACUGAGCCAUGCAUUCUUGUGAAAACAUUGCUUGCAUUUUUCCAUCUCUUUGCCUUUAUAUGUGCUACUUCCUGCCCUCCUUUGAAAUUCUAUCCAUUUCAAAGGCGUGGCUAAAACCCUUAUAUCUUUUGUCUCCAAGUUGUUCUUUACCAUCUUGUACUGGUUUAUUCCACGCUACCUUAUGUGUACAUUUGCAUGUGCAUGUUUUAAUUUCUCUUCAUUUCAAGUUCCUUGGUGUGUUUUCUUUUUCUAUCUCCCCAUAACAUCUUAACAUAAUACACUACCCUGCACAGACUAGCAAUCAUUAACCAUUCUUGAAUGAAUAAAUGCAGCAUGGUUGAAAAUCAGCUUGGGCAUUAAUUUUCUGCUUCCAGAUAUCAUGAUCUAAGCAUCUUUCAGAUAAUACCUCCUCAGAAAACAGCUAUGAAGCCAGGCAUGGUGGCACAUGCCUAUAAUCCUGCUAAGGCGGGAGGAUGGCAAGUUCAAGGCCAAUCUCAGCAAUUUAGGGAGGCCCUAAACAACUUUGUAAGACCCUGACUCAAAAUUAAAAGGGCUCGCAUGUGGUUUAGUGAUUAAACACCCCUAGGUUCAAUCCCCUGUAUCAAAAGAAGAAAGAAAGAGGGGGGGGAAGGAGGGAGGGAAGAAAGAAAACAGUCUGGACAAAUAAUACAAAACAUAAAACUACCUGAAGGUCCUUGGAGAGUGAGUAGAAGCAGACUCUACAGUGAGUUAAUACUCAUUUAGAAGAGGGGAGGUAGGAAGCUAUGUAAAUACAUUUCUCUUUCCAUGGCCUAGGGCUGAGUACAAUCUGCAUAGUUUCCAGCAUGGUAAUGAGGGGCUCACAUGGAAAAACUCUUAAUAUUUCUGGUCUAGGAAACCACAAAAGUGAACCUGAGAAAGCAUGAAUGCUCAAGAGAAUAGAGGAAUCCUCAAAGGGAAAGAGCCAGAGGAGGGAUCCCCAAACUAUAUCUGUCUAGAUCUCUGACUGAUACCUCAACUGUGUGUAAGAAGCAGACUAAAAGCAGCUCAACUAAAAGACCAGAAAUCUGAACUAAAACCAGAGUUGCAGUUCUGAAGCUGGAAAGUGUGAACAGAUUCAGAAAGCCUCUUGGGGAAGACUAUAUUGUUCACUUGGGGAUGGAAAAUAUCAAACUUCCUGUGGCUGAGGCUUUUAGCCUUGGACUUAUUGUAGUCAUGACACCUACAGCAGAAAUGGGGUAUAUAUGCAAAAGUUGCAGCCUCCCUGACCUGGAGAAUCAGAAAAGAGAAGCUGAGAAUCCAGGAACUCUGAAAAUAGUGGAGGAAUCCCAGAAAAGAGUCAAAGUGGAUCCUUAAACACUCUCUGCCAUGUCUCUGAACGAGACUUUGAACCACAUAUCUACAGAAAUAAAGCAGCCCAGCUAAAGAUAGAAGAUCUGCAUAGAGUCAAGAGCUUCUGCUCAGAAUACAGUUUGUUCAGUGGUAGAGCACUUACCUAGCACUCAAUCCUCAGCAUGGCAAAAAAAUAAAAAUAAAAAUGCUUUCAGUUCAAACCUAGACAAGAAUCUCAACAACUUAACAUUAAUUUUAUUCAGGAUACAAUCCAAAAUUUCCUGACAUCCAAGGAAUCAAGAAAAUGGAACACAUUCCCUACAUAAAAGAAAAUCAAUUAAGUUCAAUCCCAAAAUGAACCAGAUGUUAGAACUAACAGAUGAGGAUUUUAAAGUGACUACUAUAACUCUCCUCAGUUUUUUCAUAGCAUGAAACGUUUACAAUGCAUGAAAAUUUCAGUAGAGAAAUGAGAUGUCUUCACUGAGCAACAGAAACAAUUAAAAAAAAACAAAUGAAAAAAGGACAGAAAUGUGCAGAUAUGAGAUGCUAAUACCAAGCAGAAUAGCACAAAGAAUCUCAAGUCAAGGCACAUUAGCAUCAAAACUGUUGAAAGCAAGUGAGGAAGACCAUGAAAAAAAAAAACAU